CAAGAGCAGCAACAGCAUCAGCAACAAGCCGCUAAGAUGACCUCCAGUGGGAUGAACAUGAUGAGCAGGAUCGUCUUCUACGAGGACAGGAACUUCCAGGGCCGCUCAUAUGAGUGCAUGAGCGACUGUCCCGACAUGACCUCCUACCUGAGCCGCUGUCACUCCUGCAGGGUGGAGAGGGGCUGCUUCAUGGUCUACGACCGCCCCAACUACAUGGGAAACCAGUACUUCAUGAGGAGAGGCGAAUAUGCUGAUUACAUGAGCAUGUUUGGCAUGACUGACUGCAUCAGGUCCUGCCGCACCAUCCCCAUGUACAGAGGGUCCUACAGGAUGAGGAUCUACGAAAGGGAGAACUUCCAGGGCCAGAUGCACGAGCUGAUGGAGGACUGCGACAACAUCAUGGACCGUUUCAGCAUGUCCAACUUCAUGUCCUGCAACGUGAUGGAGGGCCACUGGCUGAUGUACGAGCAGCCCCACUUCAGAGGAAGGAUGUGGUACAUGAGGCCUGGAGAGUACAGGAAUUUCAUGAGCAUGGGCAUGAGCGGGAUGAGGUUCAUGAGCAUGAGGCGCAUCAUGGACUCCUGCUACUAGAUAAAGACUCACUGGAUCCAGUGUGGUGUUAAAAGAAGAAAACACUGCAUGUGCCCAACAUCAGUCAAAGACCAUCAAACAACCAAUAAAAUUAAUUGAUCUAAAUGA